AUGAUUGAGGCACUCAAUUCCCGCGCCGUUAGCGUACUUCCUAUGGGUAUAUACCGACGAGAGCAUAAGGAUGAGGGCGUCAUAGUGGCCACCACAGCAGAAUUAGAAGCCGCGGAAAAUGCUCAAGCUAUUCCGUCCACCACUUCAAAGGAAGAGGAGAGCCUUUGGGUGGAUGGCGACGCAGACGAGCCUCUUUUAAUGGACGAGAACGCAGAGGACGGUGGCAUUUGGAAGAAUGAUUCGAAAACACCAGUCAUUAAAAAGGAGCCUGGACUCGACGACUCCAUGGAUUUGGAUAUCGAGACAAAGGCCGAUGCAGGAGACAAAGACAAGCAGCCUUCCGAAACACCAGCGCCACAGACCAAGAAGCCAAAGCAAGACCCAGAAGAAGCCAUGAUCCAGACAGAUCUGGAGAUUCUCGCCAACGAAUUGGGUGCUGUCGAAAUCUCCGAGGGCGAAGAGGGCAAAACAGAAGGCCCUAGCAACAAGGAUGGUCGCAUGUACUUAUUCCAGUUCCCUCCUGUCUUACCCCCUCUGAAGCCAAUUACCCGACCCAGCUCCAUUGACAAAGUCAAGCCUGAACCUGGUCAGAGCGAAGAUAAUGUUUUGGAAUCAACACCAGCCGCCGCUGACACAGAGCCGGUGGAUCUCAUCAGCGACAAGAACACUGCAGGAUUUAAUGUACCAGGCUUUGAAGACCCCGAGCAGAAGGCUGGUUUCAUGUCCAGCCUGCUAUCAACAGGUGGUAUGGUAGGCCAGCUAAAAGUACGCAAGUCAGGCCGUGUAGAACUGGAUUGGGGCGGCAGCACUAUGGAAUUGAACCCUGCCACAGGGAUGAAUUUCUUAACAACGGCCGUCAUCAUUGAAGAGAAUGACGAGAAACCUCGUCCGGGGGUCAUUGGUGGAGAGAGUAUCGGAAUGGGCAAGAUUAUGGGUCGCUUUGUCCUUGCGCCAAAGUGGGAUGAUGAGGAGGAUUGGGAGGUCUCAUCCGAGGACCUAAGGAUUGAAUAA